GUCGAGGAUGGGGGUCUGUGUGUACCUGUUCCUGCCCUGGAAGUGCCUCGUGGUCGUGUCUCUCAGGCUGCUGUUCCUUGUACCCACAGGAGUGCCCGUGCGCAGCGGAGAUGCCACCUUCCCCAAAGCUAUGGACAACGUGACGGUCCGGCAAGGGGAGAGCGCCACCCUCAGGUGUACCAUAGAUGAUCGUGUCACCCGGGUGGCCUGGCUAAACCGCAGUACAAUCCUCUAUGCUGGGAACGACAAGUGGUCCAUAGACCCUCGUGUGAUCAUCCUGGUCAACACACCAACUCAGUAUAGUAUCAUGAUCCAAAAUGUGGAUGUGUAUGAUGAAGGACCGUAUACCUGCUCUGUGCAGACAGAUAAUCAUCCCAAAACGUCCAGAGUCCACCUCAUAGUGCAAGUUCCUCCACAGAUCAUGAAUAUAUCCUCAGACAUCACCGUGAACGAGGGAAGCAGUGUGACCCUAUUGUGUCUUGCUAUUGGUCGACCUGAGCCAACUGUGACAUGGAGACACCUGUCAGUCAAGGAAGGUCAGGGCUUUGUGAGUGAGGACGAGUACCUGGAGAUCUCUAACAUCAAACGUGACCAGUCUGGGGAGUACGAAUGCAGCGCCUUGAAUGAUGUUGCUGCUCCCGAUGUGCGGAAAGUAAAAAUCACUGUAAACUACCCCCCCUAUAUCUCAAAGGCCAAGAACACUGGUGUCUCAGUUGGUCAAAAGGGCAUCUUGAGCUGCGAGGCCUCUGCAGUACCCAUGGCUGAAUUCCAGUGGUUCAAGGAAGAUACCAGGUUAGCCACUGGCCUGGAUGGAGUGAGGAUUGAGAACAAAGGCCACAUAUCCACUCUGACUUUCUUCAAUGUUUCAGAAAAGGAUUAUGGGAACUACACAUGUGUAGCCAUGAACAAACUUGGGAACACCAAUGCCAGCAUCUCAUUGUAUGAAAUAAGCCCCUCAUCAGCAGUGGCAGGGCCUGGAGCAGUCAUUGACGGUGUAAACUCUGCCUCUAGAGCGCUGGCCUGUCUCUGGCUAGCAGGGACCCUCUUUGCCCACUUCUUCAUCAAGUUUUGAUAAGAAAGCAUAGGUCCUCUGAGCAACACCUGCUUCU